GCUUAACAGUGCCCUGAAUUCUUAUUAUCUACUUCUCAAAUUCCUUUUGUCCUUUGUGCCCUGCUUGUGUUUCUUAUUUUCCUCCAGGUGAGCCAGGGUUGUAACAUAAUGGGGGCUCGUCCGUUUUUGAUCAUUUUCCCCUAGAUUUUUGUUGGUUCCUUGGUGUUCCUUUGUUGCUUGAUGGAGUGUGUUGGCUGUGUGCGUCUCUCCUUUCUGGUUGGUUUUGGUUUGGUGAGUAUGGUUGUCAUCUGUAGGCCACACAUUUCAGUGCUAGAGCUCCCUGGUUAUGUAGAGUGAGUGUUCCAGCUGGACUUUGGUCCUUCCAAUGGUUCACUCUUUUGUUGUUUUUUCCUUUUUUGUUUUCGAGGGUAUCCUGGGUAGGGGCACGCUCCAAGUUUCUGCAGUUGGCUGUGUUUUGGCUUUCUGUGGAGCUUUGGUUUUUGCGUUUAAAGCUGCCUCAAGCCUGGUAACCUCAGAAGAUACUUAAGUUUUAGUCUGGUUAGGCAGGUGUCCAGGGUUGCUCCACUCUGCUCUGUGUUGCACUGGUUUUGUGGUUUGAACUUGACAGCCAUGCUCCCUGUUUGUUUGUCUCCCCCUCUGCACUGCCACCCCUAGCUAGCACACCUACCUCUGUGAUGCCCUGCCAGUUCAGCACUCCCACUCCCUCCCUCAGCCCAUGUUCAGCCUGUGAAAUAAAGCACCACCUAAUAAAACUUGAGGAGACUGUCACAUACCUGCAGGAAAAUCUUCCCUCGCACCUGCUGAACUGGUCCCAGUCCAUCCGGUCCCCUCCGGCUGGCCAUCCCACAUCAGCGUCCGCUUCAGCUCCGGCUGGCCCCUCCACUUCAGAGUCUGCUUCAGCUCUGGCUGCUCCUUCAUCAGAUUCAGAUUCUGCUGUGACUGACCCUUCUGCAUCAGCAUCCGCCUCUGUUCUGGCUAGCCCCUCGCAAUCAACUUCACUGUUGGCUUCAGGCAGUCCACGGAAGAAAGGAAAACACUCUGCAGGGACCCCCCAGCUGAAACAAACACUGAUUGGUAAGAUCCUCCUCGGAUUCCAGAAAGCCUCCCUGGGUUCCAAGUUCAGGCUCAAGGAUAGGGAAAAUGCUCGUACCAAGAGGGGCCAUGCUGAGCGCAUUGCCACCUAUAUGGCAGCAGGCGAGGAUGAGAUCUUGGGCCUCUGGUACUUGUACAACCCUGAGAAGUUGCAGGCGUGGCGAAAGAUUUUGCAGGCAGCAGGUUACCGAGUAACCUCCAUCAAAGCUAUUCUUCUAAAUGUGAGGGCUUUUCUCCGACACAUGGACAUGUUCCAUAAGGAUGAAAGCCAGCUGACUUCAAGUGAAAUCGGGGAGCUGUUGAACCUCAUCAAAUCUCUCCAGUCUCUCAUACUCAAGGAGAUGGCAGCCCAUCAUGAAAAGGAAACAACAAGCACGUCUGAGGCUGCUGCAGAGGAGAUGGCUUGGGGGGAAUUUGGAGCCGCUUCACCACCAGAGGGACAGGAACACCAUCAGGCGGAUCAACCGGACGCCGAGGAGGAGGUGGUGGGGAAAAGACGGCUCAAAAAGAGACUUUUCCUAAUAGAGUGAUGAAGAAGAGACUGAGCAUGCAGAGGGAAAGAAGAAGACAAAGUGUGAGGGGCGAGCGGAUGAGGGGCAGAUGGAGAAGAACUGCAC